ACGGGCAGAUGAAGUUGGCCUUGACGUAUGUGAGGACAGAGGCAGCGUAGAGGGGAGUCGGCAGAAGCAAACGACAGAGAAAUUUAAAACGAAUUCCGCCGCGGUGCAAGAAAUUCGGUUCGGGGCUUGGGCGGAGGCGCACGAGGACUCGAGGGCGGGCGCUUUUGUAUCAAAUUCCAGCCCUUCAGCGAGUCCUGAUGAAGGCGAAAGAGGCGCAGCAGAGCAGAGCAGUGCAGCGGAGUGCACGGUCGGAAUCUUUGGUUGCGAGCUCGCUCGCUCGCGCGAUGACGGGCCUGGGGAUGGAGUCGUGAGCGAGGGAGGGUGAUCGCAGGCAGUUUUGCCAGAGCUGCUGGUCGAGGGUGCUGCUGGACGGAAGAGCCGAUCGAGCUACGGAAGGGAAGGGAAGGUGCAGGGCGGGAGUAGGAGGGGGCCCGGACGGACCUACGGAGGGAGGGAGGGAACGAGGAAAGAGCGGAAGGACGCGAGGAGAAAAUAACAUCGGGCAUGGCGAGGAUUGCGGCUCGAGGUGCUGCGGGGAGACGACAUCGAUGCUCGAUGAUGGAUACUGCGAUGGAGAUAUUGGAUCUAGCGGGCGAUGCGUGAGAAGAGCAUUUGGUAGGCGGGCAGCCCUUUCUCCCUCGGAUCCCGGACUGCAUCGAGUGGGGUCCAGGGGGAGGCCUGGACUCCGAGAGAAGGCGCGAGCGCGAGAGAGAGAGAGAGUGAAGAGAAAGAGGCUGAACGAGGUCUCGAGCGGGAGAAACGGGAGGACGAUGUGAAAGACAGGGAGGUCAAGUGAUCUUGAAGUCUCAGGUCGUGCAUGAGAGGGGCGGUGAUUAUGGCCUGUGUCCUGACCAUGCGGUCAUGUGUAUAGACAGUGGAUUGACAGUUUGAUGCGGCAAGAUAUCGGACUAUGAGGCCGAGGCCAUGGCUUUAUGUGCUCUAAAUGACGCUUUUGAUUCCAGGGCUCGAUCAGAAGCCAGCGUCUGCAAGUGAGUGGAGCAAGGAGUAAGGUGUGACUAGUUUGUGGGUGUAGUGGAGACGAAGGAUUUGCAAGUUCUCUGGAGACCAACCUUGGUGGUCGAGGAUGAAGAGGUUUGGAGAAGGUGCUGUCAUGUGGACAAUCGGAGGGCACUGCAUAAUUUCACAUUAAAGUUUUUGCGAGCAAGUCUGAUCGAGGAGUACAACAAACGCUUCAACAUGAGCGUCAAACGAUGGACUGUUGUUUUGGCGUUUUCAGUCAUUAUUUUUGGGUUUAUUGGGGAGUCGGUUGGUCUCUCAUCGGAAGGGAUGAUUCUAAUGGAGGUCCGGAAGUCCCUGCAAGAUCCUGAAGAUAACCUGUCAAGCUGGAAUGCCACAAAUAUCUUUCACUGUGAAUGGGAUGGUGUGAGCUGCGACGGUGAUAGUCGUGUCUGGUCCCUCGACCUUUCGGCCAGGAAUCUGACCGGGAGUAUCUCGCCUGCGAUCGGCCUUUUGAGUUCUCUUAGGCAACUCAACCUGUCGUUCAACUCAAUUUCGGGCUCGAUUCCCAGUAGUAUAGGAAAUUGUACGGAGCUGGAAGUUCUUGACCUCGGAGACAACUUGUUGACUGGAAAAAUUCCUACAGAGAUUGGGAACUUGAUCAAUUUGCAGGGUUUGUACCUGAUCAACAAUCUUUUGGGAGGAUCCAUCCCUUCCUCAGUAGGAAAUCUGCUCGUGCUAUCCGAAAUUUUGAUCUACUCAAAUAACAUCAGCGGUCCUUUGCCUUCUUCUAUAGGCAAUCUAACUAGCUUGAAAGUGCUCCGUGCUGGGCAGAACUCUAUCAGCGGACCUAUCCCUCCAAGCAUAGUCAACUGCAAGAAUCUGACCUAUCUUGGUCUUGCUCAAAAUCUCCUUGAUGGGGUGAUCCCGAGAGAAAUGGGGAGGAUGCAAAACCUUAGAAAUCUUGUUUUAUGGGAAAAUCUUCUUGUAGGUGGGAUUCCGCCGGAGCUCGGAAAUUGUAGCCGAUUGAAGAUGUUGGCACUAUACGAUAAUGACCUCAGGGGGCAGAUACCUCGGGAGCUUGGCAGGCUACACUCACUGAAGAUGGUUUACAUAUAUGCAAAUAACCUGAAUGGUAGCAUCCCUGAGGAGUUGGGAAAUUUGACUGCUUUAACUGAAAUCGAUUUUUCAGAAAACGAACUAACAGGUACCAUUCCAGAGGAGCUAGGGAAGAUUCGGUCCCUGGAACUUCUUUCUUUAUUCGAGAAUAAGCUAAGGGGUCCCAUCCCGCGUAGUUUCACAGAGUUGGAGAACCUCAAGGAGCUCGACCUCUCAAUGAACCAGCUCGACGGGUCUAUUCCGGUUGGUCUGCAGAACCUGCCGAAUCUAAGUAGGCUGAUACUUUUUGAUAACUUAUUCAGUGGAGAGAUACCCCCACUUCUUGGUAGUAAUAUGAUGUUGAAGAACCUGGAUUUAUCCGAAAAUUAUCUGAAUGGAAGCAUACCAGAUACUCUAUGUGAUUCUGAAGAUCUCGAGUGGGUAUACUUGAGCUCCAACCAGUUGACAGGAUCUGUGCCAAGUUCUUUGGCAAGGUGCAAGACUCUUCAGCGCUUAGUGCUCAUGAACAACGAUCUUGUGGGGUCAGUGUUGAUGGACAUCACGAACAACACAGAGAUCAUCGAUCUGGAACUCAGUAACAAUUCGUUUGAAGAAACCAUACCUGCAGAGCUUGCGAGGUGUCGGAUGCUCAAAGUGGUUUCCUUAGCUGGCAACCGAUUUCACGGAGAGCUACCCAACUCACUCGGGGAGCUCACGCAUUUGGCAGCCUUCAACGUCUCCAACAAUCUGUUGACCGGUAGCAUCCCGUCGUCACUGGGCAACUGUUACAAGCUACUUCGCCUGGAUCUAGGAGGAAACAUGAUCAGUGGCAGCAUCCCUGCAGAGUUUGGAAACUUGACCUUGCUGGAGCAGCUAUCUCUUGCAGACAAUAACAUUACUGGUGAAAUUCCCCCGUCUCUCAGCAGCUGCUUCCACUUAUCAGUUUUGGAACUGGGCGGCAACAAGUUGCAAGGAUCCAUUCCAUCAGAGUUGGGAAAAGUUAUCAGUUUACAGUAUGCCCUUAACAUCAGUAGUAACUCACUGUCAGGAGAAAUCCCUCCUGAGCUGGGAGACCUGGUACUCCUGAUGUCCUUGGAUCUGAGCAACAAUGAGCUCACAGGAUCUAUUCCAGAUGCUCUUGGGAAACUGACUGGUCUUACAUUCCUAAAUUUAUCUUACAAUUUGUUGACAGGACCACUGCCCAGCGUACCCGUCUUCCAGACAAUGACGGCGAGCUCCUUCGAUGGGAACAAGGGUCUGUGUGGAGGAUUGUUACAAAUGUGCCCAUCAAAUAAUGGUUUUUCUCCCCCACAUACUCAAGGUUACAUGUGGCAGGAGACAACCGUCUCUACCGGAGCGUUGGUCGGUAUAAUAGCCGCUGUCAUUGGUGGUGCUGCUUUCAUGAUUAUUGCAGGCGCUUGUUGGUUUUGCAAGCACCCCGGUGUUCUCUUGCCAGCCGACGAGAAACCUCACCUUUCUCAGGUUUCUCACUAUGCUUCGAGUGACGGUAUACAUAGUGAGUUUGCAAAAGGGGCAAAUAAGAAUGUGCGGGUACCUUAAGGAGGAAGGAGAACUGCACUUAGCGCAGCCUGGAAGGGAGCCAACUCUAAACGCCAAUGCUUUGUGGGGAGGACUUCGUACCAUCCAAAGUGCAAUCAGCUUCAAUGCCGAACGUCCGGGCAAGGAGCAGCAACCCAACACAGAGUGUUGCGGGUUGGAAUCUUGUGCAGCAUGGCUACUAGCACAUUGGAUAGCGGCGGAGCUUCUCCUGAUUGGGUCUUGUAUCCCCAAUCGGGCCAUGGCUCCAGAGUGGUUGUUGGAGUGGCUACGAGCUUGACCUCCUUGCGUUAUGAUAAAAAACGCACGUUCUACAUGGUGAGAUCUUUUCAAAAUAAUAUGCCGCUAGAUGAAACACACGAGGCACAUGUCAGAGAUUUUGUUUGUCAAACUUUACCGACAAAGCCGACAUGGUCGAUUUCGAAGACGGCAGUUGCUGGCCUUUAAGAUUAUCUUGCGUCUGGUCAACAGCACAAGAUGUGUACACUUCAAGAGCAAUGAAGGUACACUACUGACUGGUACAAGGAAGGCGAGCGAUGAACUCGUUGACGAAAUUUAAUUCACUGGCUCGAGGAACGUACUGAAAAGUACUCGCGCAUGUGCAAAGGGGAAGUCCAGUAGAUAUAUAGACUUCAGUUAGCUUAUAGUCAAGGAUUAGUCCGUACCAUAUUCCCCAUGCGGAUGCAGAAGAUUCAAGUCAGGAUUAAAGAAGACUUGUAUAUCACACUUGACGUCGGGCUUGCGUAGAUUCAUACUAACCUACAUGUGUAAACUCCUAUUCCAGGAGGUUAUAGUGUCGGACGAUGUAUCUAUUACCAUGUCGUGUCAGUAGCUCUGUAGCCGCUGUAUGGAACUGGUUGAGUUGAAGAACUGGUGUUGUAACAAGGAAACUGUAUAACUUAACAUUUGUGCAUGUCAUAAUAUCAAGCACAUAGAAUUGCAAUAUUUGAACACGAU